GGAAACAUUUACGCGCUGGAGUCAUGGACAUCCACUCUGGUUUAUAAGAUUUACUCUAAAAUAAAAUAAAAAACUUUCUUUGUAAGCCGAACAUUUUUUGAAAAAUGUGGACAGUUCCGAAACCAAACUAUAGGACUGAUUUGUGCUCCGAGGGGAAGAUCACUGUGAACAUCGGCGGGGUCCGAGUUGUGCUCUUCGGGGAUGUUUUGAAGCGCUACCCGGAGAGCAGACUGUCCGAGUUGUUGAACUGUUCAAAUCAGAAUCCUGAAGCUAUCUCGUCGCUAUGUGAUGACUUCGAUCCGGGGAGAAAGGAGUUUUACUUUGACAGAGACCCUGACGCUUUUAAGUGCAUCAUCGACGUUUACUACUUUGAUGAAAUCCACAUUAAACGCGGGAUUUGCCCCAUUUGUUUCAUCAAGGAGAUGGAGUUCUGGAAAAUAGAUUCUAGUGUUUUAGAUGAGUGCUGUAAAAGUUACUUAAGUGAGAAGGAGGAGGAGCUGAAUGAGAUCGCGAGCAAAGUGAAAGUUAUUCUGGAGGAUCUGGAGGUGGAUCAGUGCAUUACGCGCGCCCAGAGGUGCCAGAGGUUCCUGUGGAGGCUGAUGGAGAAGCCGGGUUCUUCACUGCCGGCGCGCAUCAUCGCCAUAGCCUCCUUCCUCUCCGUCCUGGUCUCGGCGGUUGUGAUGUGCAUGGGGACCAUCCCGGAGCUGCAGGUGACGGACACGGAGGGGAAACAGGUGGAGCACCCUAUCCUGCAGGCGAUCGAGACCGCAUGCAUGUCCUGGUUCACAGCGGAGUACCUGCUGCGUCUCGCCUCCUCUCCCAACAAGCUGUACUUCGCGCUCUCCAUCAUGAACAUCAUAGACUUUAUGGCUAUUAUUCCUUUCUACGUGGUCCUAUCUCUCACUUAUCUGGGCACCACAUCCAUGAUGGAGCUGGGUAACGUCCAGCAGGCUGUGCAGGCGCUCCGCAUCAUGCGCAUCGCGCGUGUUUUCAAGCUGGCGCGCCACUCCUCCGGGCUGCAGACUCUCACCUACGCGCUGAAGAGGAGCCUUAAGGAGCUGGGGCUUCUCCUCAUGUACAUGGGCGUGGGGAUCUUUGUGUUCUCAGCGCUGGCUUACACCAUGGAGCAAAACCACCCAGAGACCCUCUUCCGGAGCAUCCCGCAGUCCUUUUGGUGGGCCAUCAUCACCAUGACCACGGUUGGCUACGGCGACAUCUACCCUAAAACCACGCUCGGAAAGUGCAACGCAGCCGUGAGCUUUCUGUGCGGGGUGAUAGCCAUCGCCUUGCCUAUCCACCCCAUCAUUAAUAACUUUGUGGUCUUCUACAAUAAGCAGAAAGUGUUGGAAACUGCGGCGAAGCACGAGGUGGAGCUGAUGGAGCUGAAGUCGGAUGAGGACGCGCGCAGGAAAAGCAGGGAUUAAGACGUGGAGGCACCAGAGCUGUUAGACCUUUCAAAAACUGCACUCAGACUGGACCAUAAGGACAGUUUCAUUUUUGAAUGUUGAUAACACUUACAGUAUCAAAAUCUACAAAAAGAAACCUAAAACUAGACCCUGGCGUUACAACAAUGAGACGUUUUAUGCACAGCUCCAUGCAGGGAUAACCUGUACCGCUAAACCAGCUCUUCGUUGUUUCUCUCACUGCUUAGUCUGUGCAACAUGCUGCUUAUUCCAUCCUGCAGUUAUUUAACUGUUGUAAAGUGUGACUGCUGUUGUCGUGAAAUAAUAAAAGCUGCGCAUGAAAAAAAUCUGGUGUAGAGGAUUAUUAAAGCAACACCAGGGACCUGCUAAACAAAAAGGGAAAUGUCUGACUUAUUUGCCAUCAGCCAUACAAAAACAACUUUUUA